GGCGGCGCGCCGGCCUUCUCGCCGGAGUGGAUGGCGUGCCUGCUGGCCGAGGCGGAGGCGCUGCUGGCCGAGCGGGUCUCGGCGCCGGUGCGGGCGCGCUGGCGGCGGGAGGUGAAGCUGCCGCGGAUGAGCCUGGAGGGCUGCCUGGAGCAGCUGAGCGAGGCGCGGCGCGGGCGGGAGGCGCUGCUGGCGCGGGCCGGGCCGCUGUCGGAGGCCAAGCAGGAGCGGCUGCAGACCUUCCUGCGGCUGGAGAUGGCGCUGCUGCGGGAGAUGCAGGCGCUGCGCGAGCGGGCCCUGGCCUCGGCCUUCGCCAUCGCCAAGAAGGGCGAGCCGCCGCCGCCGCCGCCGCCGGGGGGGCCGGGCCGCGAGGAGGGCGGGGGCGAGGCGCGGCGCCCGGGCUCGCCGGCCAGGGAGGAGGGCGGCCCGCGGGUGGUGUCGGCGGCCGAGGCGGCCUCGCAGGCCAAGGCGGCGGCGCAGCGGGAGGCGCUGGCCGAGGCGCUGUGGGAGCCGGGCGGCGUCGGGGACCUGAUCGCCAAGAGCGGCGACCUGCAGCUGGCGCUGGAGCAGCUGGUGGGCGAGCGGCUGGGCGAGGCGCUGCGCGGGCUGGAACGGGCGGUGCGCGGGGAGGGCCGGGCGCGGGUGCGGCAGCUGCUGGCCGUGCGCGACGCGCUGCUGGAGCAGGAGGGCGGCUGGGCCGAGCGCGCCGGGGCGCUGCGCGGGGAAGCGCGGGCGCUGCGCGGGGCCGCCCGGCCGGGGGCGCUGCGCGAGAAGGCGGCGGCGCUGCGCGACUGCCUGGCCGAGGCGCCGCUGGAGGAGCUGCGGCCCGCGCUGGAGAAGGCGCUGGCGCUGCUGGAGAAGACGGACAGCUGGUGGGUGGCCUGGCUGGAGAAGGCGCUCUGGGCCGCCCCGCUGGAGGAGGCCGAAGCGGCCCGGCGGGAGGCGCGGGCCCUGAGCGCCGCCCUGCAGGAACAGCAGGUCCCGGAGCGGGAGGGGGAGGCCGGGCCGGUGGGGCUGCUGCUGCGCGCCCUGGAGGGCGAGGGCUCGGAAGCCUCGGCAGCGGCGGCCCCGCGGUGGGGCUCGCUGGAGGAGAUGCGCGACGCCCUGCAGAGCGCCCCCUUCGACGAGGUCUUUGCCCUGCUGAAGCAGCCGCGGGCGCUGCGCCAGGCCCUGCAGGAGAGCCCCGAGGCGGAGGAGCCGGGCGAGCUGCUGGCCGUGCUGGGGGCGCUGGAGGAGGCCUUUGGGCGGGCCCGGCCAGGUGCGUGGCGGGAGCAGCUGAGCGCCCUGCGGGGCGGCCGCUGGGAGGAGGAGGCGGCGGCCCUGCUGGAGAAGGUCUGGGCGCUUAAGACGGAGGUCUUCCUGCUCGCCUCUGACCUGGACAGUGAGGAGAAGGUGGCGGCGCUGGCCGAGGAGCUGCGGGCACUGCGGGAGGCCGCCGCCGCCGCCCCGCUUGGCGACCGGGAGGCUCUGCGGGAGAAGCUGGCGGCCCUGCAGGCGGCCCUGCAGGCCUUGCCUGUGCGGGAGGUGCUGCUGCUGCGGGCCAAGGCCAAGGCGCUGCGCAAGGCUGCCACCGACUUCUGGACGGAGCCGCUGGCCGAGGCGGACGCGCUGCUGGCCGAGGCGGACGCGUUGCAGGAAGCGCUGGCCCGCUCAGCCCUGCGGGAGGCCCUGUGGGCCAAGGCGCAGGAGCUGCGUGGGGCGCUGCGCGAGAUCGCCAAGAAGAAGAUCAGCGUCCUCUCCUACUACCUGUGGAACGUGCUCUGGAGCCCCCUCUGGAAGAAGGUGGGCGACAUGCAGCGGGCCCUCUGGAAGACGCCACGCAAGGAGGAGGGCGCCGUGCAGGAGAAGCUGGCCGACCUGGAGCACGCGCUGGACGAGAUCCUGGAGGACAACCUCAGCGGCCUGCCCCGCAUCCUCUACGCCCUGCCGGGCAUCGUGACUGCGCUGCAGAAGAAGGUCCACGCGGUGCGCGAGAGCCUGCAAGAGACGCCGCCCGAGAUGGCGGUGGCCCUGCAGGGGAAGGUGGUGGCCAUGCAGGAGGCGCUCUGGAAGAUCCCCUUCAAGGAGGCGCACCUGAUGCAGGAGGACCUCAAGGCCUACUGCCUCGCCCUGCAGAGGAAGGUGGAGGCCUGGUGGGCGCAACCUCUGGAGGCAGCCCCGGCCAAGGUGCCCCCCAGGAUGGAGAGACGGGACACUGGCUGGACCAGGAGGGGCGCCCCUGAGCCAGCAGCCGCUGAUCCCGGGGAUGCUGAGGUUGGAGGAACCAGGCAGCCGGGCGUUCCCUCUCCGGCUCUCCUGGCAACACCUGGGGCGCCAAACCCCUCAACUGGAGAAGCUGCACCGGCUGUCGGGGCUGGGCGUUUCCAGUAUUCUGCGCUCAAAGCGAUUCCACACUCCCACUUCCAGCAGAGGAAGGACUGGUACGAGAACACGGACCAAGACCUGCGCGAUUACGUGGUGCAGAGGCUGGUCCAUGCCAUCUUUCCCGCUCCUGACUUGGCCGUCCUGAAGGAUCACCAGGUGGAGAAGGUGGUGUCCUACGGCAAGAAAGUGGAAGGGGAUGUCUACCAGUCCACCAACCACUGGGACGUGUAUUGCUGCCUAAUUAUGGUGAAGCUCUUCAAAAUAGAGAAGGAACUGAGGGAGAAGAGGACCUUCCGGGGCCACAAACAAGGCACUGCGGACGGCCAGGCCUCACCUGUGGGACCCACCCAGCCUGGGGUGCUUCUCAGCAGUCAGCUGGGCGCCCCAGAAGUGCCUCUGAGCCCCACACGGGACCCCCCAGGUGUCAGUCAGCUGAACCCCAUGUCCAUUUGGACCAUCCAGAACUCUCCCACUUUGCUGGACCCCCCAGCGGCCUCUCCGGCAAAUCCGCCUGCUCAGACUCACGACGAGGAAGCGGCUCUGACGAUGGCCGCCUCUCCCCCUUGGAUGCCUCAGCCCCAAAGCGCGAUGAGGGCUUCUUCGGGGACCAUCUCGAGUCCUCCUUCGGCCCCUGGCCAGUUCCUGCCCCCGCAUCUGUUUCCUGCCCCCCUCGGAGCUCUGGACACCAGCGGGGGCAUCCUGGGGGAAUCAGUUCUGCAGGGUGGAGGAGUCCAGGGUCUGGAUCCGGGCUCCCCCAUCUCUUACUCCGCGCCCACCGUGGCCCCUCUCCCGCCUCACGCCUUGCCAGGGGCCCAGAGUGAAAGCGCGUCCUUGGGGCCGAUGGUGGGAGCAGCACCACCAGGCCUGAGCCCAGAGCCCCCUCCGCAACAGCAGCCCCCACCGCCCUGCCCGAAGCCAGCCCCGGGCCCUGGCACCCUGGGGGACCCCCAUUUUGGGACCAGAGAGGCCUCCUCCCACGGGCUGCUGGGUAAACGCCGGAGACUGGCAGAUGGGGCUUGGAGGGCAUCUCCUGCCAGCUCCUCUCCCUCAGCCUUGCCCGAUGCCCAAGCGCAGCAGUCUCUGGUGACGCUUGAGUCCCUGCAGCGCUCACUGGAGGACCUGCGGAUCUCCGUCCUCCGCAACUUGGGAGCCGUGCACAGGCAGGUGGAGGCCCUGGAGAAGAGGAUCCACACGCUGGAGCGCUGGCGGGCAGAGACAGAGGGGCGCCAGCAGCUGCCACAGCCGUAGCCGCCGGCCGGGCUCCCCUCCUGCUCCUCCUUUCCAUGUACAGAACGCCCCGUUCUCAGGACGGCUCCUCCUUCGCUUCACUUUUUAUUCCUCAACGUGUCAAACGGAAGACAAUUUUCACUCUGUUACUUGGACGGCAGGGCCCGGUUGCUGAAGACGGGCCUCCCCAGCACGUCCCCCCACCGUGCUUCAUCUGGUGGCAGACGGCCGUGGUGCCCAGUGAUGGGACGGCCUCUGAAGCCGAAGUGGAAGGCUGUGGAAGCCAAGGCUGCUCCAGGAAGUGCCCAGCUGUCACUGGGUCCCGGAGUGUGUGUGUGUUGGGGGGGAGGUCUCAGGAGGCCACACGGGCCGAGGCCAGUGGCAGGCCGUGGGAAAUCCCAGUGGGAGCUGGGCUGCUCUGGCCGAUCUGGGUGGUGGUGGUGGGGGGCUUGGCAGCCCCUCGCCUGGAAGACCAGCUCAUGCUCUGAGCUGCUUCCCUUCACGACUGUGAACCGUGUGCCUGACUCUGGGAGCGUCCUGGGACUUCAUCACCUCCGUGAAUGUCGCUGCCCCGGAAGACCCGGACACAGACAGCAGUUUCACCUCCACAAGCGGCCUCUGUCCUGAUGGCAGGACUUGUGCCCGACCGGCAGGGAGCAACGCGUUGCCUGGCCCUUGGGCCGCCUGGACAGUGGUGGGAGGCCCACGUGAACGCUCCCCUGUCCAAGCGGAAGGGCAGGUGGGGAAUUCGCUCCACCCGGUUUGUGAUGUUAGGUUUGAUGCAAGGCAGUUUGUUUGGGAACGGAAAGAUUUGCGAAGGGACCCGGUCUGUACGUUUGCUGUGAAGACGAAGGAUUGUGAAGGCUACACUCUGCCUGUCUUUAUGAAGCCACCCAGGGUGAGGAAUAACCUCCUUUAGAGGGAAUCAACUCUGCAAGUCUCUGCCGGAUGUUUUCAAGGAUAACGUUUCUUUCAGGUCAUUGUAGGAGAAGAUCUGGGUUAGCCUAAGGGGCCCCGAAACAGGGGUUGCCUGGUCGCUCAAGAAAACUUCUGCCUUUUAAUAAAAAUUGUUAGUUGGAAAAGA